AUGCCUAAACUAAUUAGCGAUAGUGAGGAUUCCGAGGAUAAUGAUCCUAUUGGACUGAUCGAGCAUGAGUUUAUAAUGGAGAGUCAGCUUCCUCGUCCUUCUAUAGUGCUAAGUACGCGGAAGCGACAGAGAAGUGAGCUAGUCGACAGCGAAGAUGAGAGCAGUCCUCAUCUCCCUCAUUAUGGAGAUAAGGGUAGCACUUAA